UUGUUGACGGACGCUCCAUGAAAUUGAAAUUUUAUCGCUAAAGUUUAAACAGUUAAACAAUUUAAGUACGUUUUUCAACAGGCUUUGGGCUUUCGACCAUUCAUAUCGGUCAUGUCUUUCUCAAGAGCUCCAUUAAAGAGAUUUAACGAGAAUGUUGGUUGUGCUCCUCCACCUGGUACAUAUGAGGUGAAGUCUGGUGAGCUGAAGGGAGCUGUUUCAUUUCAUAAAGCAGAGCGCUUCAGAACUGCUUCCAAAACAGAGGCACCCCUGCCAUCCCCUUCAAAAGAAGUACCCAUGUCUCCAGUUCGGAGGACCAUGUCUGUUGAUGGUUUGGCAUUAAGUUCCAAAAAGGACAAAAAUAGUUUCACACUUGAGAUGAAACAUCAGAGACUUCUGGAGAAAGAGAUCCGAUCUUUGGUGCAGCAGAGAGGAGAGCAGGACCGCAGGCUGCUGACCCUGGAGGAAGAGCUGAAGAAGUUGGAGUCUAAAUUGCUCGUGGCUGUCAGAGAGAAGACUGGCCUUGCUGCCAAUGUGGCUUCUCUCGAGAGGCAGCUUGCAGAGUUAAAGAAAGUUAAUGAGUUCCUGAAGACCAAGGUCUCUGCGGAUACCACCAAGAAGAAGAUCAAUUCUCUUUCCAUGGAGCUCAUUGAGGCCAAAAAUAAACUGGAUGCCAAAGACAAGGAGCUGAGCUUCCUACAGAUCAGCUCAGAGGGGAAAGUAAAGGUCUUGGAAACGGAUCUGGAGACUGCCAGAACAACUUUUAGAGUUCUUCAGGAAAGGAACCAGGAUCUUGAGGAUCUUCAUCAGGAAACAAGAGCCCAGAAUGAGCAGAUUGAGAAUGAAAUGGAUAAAUUGCACAACAUAAUCCAGGAGCUGAGGGAGGAGAUAAAAGCCCUGCAGAGUUACUUGGAUUCUGCAAAUGAAGAGAUUCAGGAUUUGCGGAUUAAGCUCCAGGACAAAUCCACCAUGGAGCGCCGUGUCUCUGAUGCUCAAGACAACCUCAGUGAAGUGGAACAGAAGUUGGAGAAAUGUACCGGUGAGCUGCAGGACUGUCAGGAGGUGCUGAAAGUUAAGGAAGAGGAGCUGCGGAUUUCUCAGCAGGAGCUGCAGGACUCCCAGAAGGCUCUAGAAGAGAAGGAAAGUGAGCUGGAGCGCCACUUGCAGGAUCUACAGGCCUCGCAGACCUCGCUGAAAGAGCUAGAGGAGCAGAUGCAGCGAGGAGUUCAGGAUCUUGAGGAGUCCCGGAGCGUGAUUCGCCAGCAGGAGCAGGAACUGGCCCGAGUGAAGGAGAUCUUGAGGAGGACAGAGGUAGAGCUGGAUCAGCGUGUGGCGCUCAUGGGCGAGAGAUGCUUGGUGCUGGAGGAUGAAAGAGCCAGGACACAGGAGGAGGGUCUGCGACGGGUUCAAGAGCUCAAGGCAGAGAUCAAUGCAUUGGAGGAGAGCAGGCAGACUGAGACAGAGGCAUAUGAAAAGCUGAAGGAGGAGCAUUCUGCACUUACCAAACAACUGGAGGAGGAGAAGACUCACAGCGGCUCCCUGGCUAGCAUGCUUGAGCACCUGAGAAAUGAGACUGAGGCAGAGAGGAGGCAGCUUGGCGAGGAGCUGGAGGAUGCGCUCGAGGAGCUGUCAGAGCUGGAGAAGCAGGAGCAAUGCAGUGAGAAGGCCAUCCAGCAUCUCACACAGAAGAUCCAGACGCUGGAGCAGGAGCUGAAGAACAAUUGUGCUGAGUUGGAAAAAAAGUGUGCUGAGAUGCAGGCUUUAGAAGAGGGUCAUGUGACUGCAAUCAAAAAACUAGAAGAGGAUCACAACACCUGUCUUGCCAAGCUGGGAGAUGUUACUACUGACUUUGAGAGCACAAGACGGUCUCUGGGUGAGCAGAAGGCCAAGGCAGAGGCUCAAACCCAUCAGCUGCAGGAAGAGAUGAACCAACUGAAGCAACAGUUGCAGCAGGACCAGCAGAAACUCAUAAGCUACCAGGAAAUGCAGCGUAAAGAGCGAGAGGAGUAUGCUAGGAUGCUAUUAGAAGUUCAGGCAAAGCUGGCUCAGAGAGAGAAAGAGUUGAAGCGAGCUGCAGAGACUCAGAGUGAGGAGCUGAGACUCCUGAAGGUGGAAGUGGAGCAGGAGAGAGAGCGGGCCCAGACUCAGCUGGAGAGAGAACAGAAGAGGAGGCAGUCAGUGGAGGGCCGUUCUGCAGAAGCCAGCAGGCUGCGGGGCCUCGUGGACGAGCUGGAAAACCAGGUUUCUGAGCUGCACGGGCAGGUGCAGGAGGAAAAAGACUCUUCUCAACGUCACGCUGUGGAGUGGCAGCAGGAGAGACGACAGCUAUGCAGACAGAUGGAGGAGGAAAGACAAGACUUUCACAAACAACUCGCAGAGGCUCAGCUGCAGAGCACGUGUGAUUCUGAAACACAACACUGGAGAAACUUGUAUGAAGAGCUCUAUGCUAAAGUUAAACCAUUUCAGGAACAGCUGGACCGUUUUGCAGCGGAGAGGAACGCUUUGUUGAAUGAGAAAGGAUCCACGCAGGCGGAGUUGAACAAGUUAGCCGAUGCCUAUGCUAAUCUGAUGGGCCAUCAAAACCAGCGACAGAAGAUUAAACACAUGGUCAAACUCAAAGAGGAGAACUUGGAGCUCAAACAAGAAGUGUCCAAGUUAAGGGCACAAGUGGGGAAACAGAAGCAAGAGCUGGAUCGACUCAAGUCCAGCCAGGUGCCACAGAGGUUCGACCCCAGCAAGGCUUUCAAACAUGAGCUCAAAGAAAACCAGCAGCCCAGCUCAGCUCUUACACAAGGCAACAUCAAAUUUCGUUAAACUAUCACUAAUGGACUUUUGUGGAAUAUCCCUUGCCUAUGGAUGACUGCUCAACAUGGACACUGUGAACGAGGAUAUUUCAGCACCCAAACAUCCUGACUGCCUCUUCGGAGUCUGACAAUGUAGAUUUUAUUUAUGUACGUUUUAUUUUUGUUUGUGUGUGAAUUUAAUACAGUGGCAUUAACAUCGUUACUGUCACUCAAUAUCUAUAUAUAAUUGACAACCCCCUUUUUUAGAUGUUGCUCUUGACUAAUUUGACUACAAUGGUGAAAAUGUAGAUAUGGACUUACUCACUUAGGAUUUUCUGUUAUCUGAUUUUGUUCAUCACUGGGUGUGCUAUUAUCUUUAAAAAGUUCAAUGUUUGCCCACUCUUUAAGUGUCCAACGAAUCUUGUUCAGUUGAUUUGUUCUUUUUUUUUUUAAGUAAAUUUUAGUU